AUGUUAAUGGAGAUCAUAAGUUUCUUCCUUUCUCCGCUUUCUUAUCUCUUUGAACCUUACUUUAGUCGUGCUACUAAUGUAUUCACGUCACGAAAAACCCAACGUACAGCUGUAAAAUCGAUUUUUAUAUUUCUUCUUGUUGUAAUUUUAGUUACUAUUGCAUUUCUAGCAUACUUGGGUUUUUACAUGAUUUAUGUCCCCAAAAUUGCUCAUGUAAAACCCAUUUAUUUGCAAUACGAAAAUGACAAACCUCCGUAUGCAAUAGUAGAUUUCACGGAAAAUGGCCAAUACGAUGCUCUGUUAACAGCGGAUCAAGCAUAUGAUGUUUCAAUUGAUUUAUAUGUUCCUAAUUCAGAUAGGAAUAUUGCAUUAGGUAACUUUAUGAUCGGUUUAGGAUUAAGGGCCAAGAAUGAGACGGUGCAAUUUUCAAGUCGUCCGUGCAUCCUUACAUAUCAAUCGGGCAUGCUUCGCGUCUUUUCCACUUUAUGGCGAUUAAUUCCUUUGGUGUUAGGUUUCACAAAAGAAGAUCAAAAACUAAAAAUAGUUAUGCUGGAAAAUAUGAUUGAGAGUGAAGAAAAGCCAAUUACGGAAGCAUUGAUUACCAUAUCAAACAGUCAUCUUGAGGUAUAUAACGCUCAUAUUCGAUUGGAUGCUCACUUCAGAGGCUUGCGAUACUUUAUGUAUUACCAUCCGAUCCCCACUGCAAUUACUUUCAUGUCCAUGUUUCUCACAUGGGAAAUAUUAUUUUCAAUUUUCGCAUGGAAGUCAUUUGUCUCAUGGUGGAAAAACAAAGCAAUUGCUAUGCAGAACGCUCCAAUCACAUCUGAAGGCGAGGUCGGAACAAGCAAUAAUACUGAUGAAAAUCAAGAUGAAGAUUCGGAUAGAACGUGGUUGGAAGUUGGUCGACUUGGUGAUACCGUAGAAAGAAACACGAAUGAUAAUGAAACUUCGGAGAGCGAAUAUGAAUCAUCCCGUCCUGGUUCUGUAAUUUCACCUGCGGAUGACAAUGACGAUACAGCAUCAACAGAGAGUGAUGAUCAAUUUGAUGAUGACGACCAAACAGAAGGAAGUGCUACACCAACUUCUCGAAGUCGUAGAAGUACAACAUCUGCUGAAGCAUCAACAAAUGAAUCAGAAUUAGACGAUAGACCUAGUUCUAGUAUUUCAACGGCGGUAUUACAGUCCAGAUCGCCUAAUAGAAGGACUGGUUAUUAA